GCGGAACAGCUGAUUACAGCAGGUGGCCUGCUGUAGCCAUGAGGGGGCCUAAUUCCCAGAGCUGUUUGGGUCCAAAUGUUUACCCAGAGGUGCCCGAUGGAGGCUGGGGCUGGGCUGUGGCCCUGGCCUUCUUCAUGGUGGAGGUCUGCACCUAUGGGACCCUCAAGAGCCUGGGUGUCUUCCUCCAGGAUCUGAUGGAAGAGUUUGGGGAGAGCAACAGCCGAGUGUCCUGGGUCAUCUCCAUCUGUGUCUUCAUCUUUACCUUCACUGCCCCCCUGUCCACGAUGAUGAGCAACCGCUUCGGCUAUCGUCCAGUGGUGAUGGUGGGAGGCUUCUUCAUCAGCCUGGGAACCAUAACCUCCGCCUUCACCACCUCCAUCAACGAGAUGUACAUCACCAUCGGCUUUGUUUCAGGCCUCGGCUACUGCCUCACCUUCCUCCCCACCGUCACCAUCCUAGCCCAGUACUUCUCCAGACGACGUGCCCUCGUCACCGCCAUCGCUUCCUCCGGAGAAUCCUUUGCCAUAUUUGCAUUUGCUCCAGCCUUCACUACACUAAAGGAACACAUCGGCUGGCGCUACUGUCUAGUUGUUCUCGGCAUCUUUCAGGCUUCUGUGAUUGGCUGUGGGCUUCUCCUUCGUCCAAUCAUUAUUAUGCCGGAGCCUGUAAAGGGGGACGAUGAAUCAGACAAAGAGUCUCUCUCUUUGAACCAGCUGCAGAGUGUUUAUGAGCUGGAGAACGAACAAACCAGAACCUCCAUCCGUUCCGGAAUCUCACAAUCCUCAGACGACUCCGGCGUCACCUCGCUCUCUGCUUCAACCCUAGACCUGAGGACUGCAGGAGCCGAAAGCAAGGCUCUGAUGGAGUGGGAUUUGCAGGACAAGGAGGGCCAGGAGCCGUCACUGUCUACACCUCCCACCCCAGUCAAGGAGAAGGAUGAGGAGGAACUGGAUGAGGUAGAAGCAGGUCCUCUUCAGCCCUCCAGCCCCAAACUCCUGGACUUCUCCGUGCUUAAAGACGGUGGCUUCAUCUGUUACUCCCUCUUUGGGUUGUUCGCCACUCUGGGCUUCUUCGCCCCACAGCUCUACAUCAUCGAACUGUCAAAGAGCCGCGGCGUGGAGCCCAGCAUGGCCUCCUACAUGCUCUCUGUAAUGGCUGUGGCCGACAUUGUCGGCCGCUUGUCCAUCGGGGUGGUGUUGAACAAAGUCCGCUGCAGGAAGACCCUGGUUCUGCUGGCCUGUGUGGUUCUGCUGUGCCUGGUGUUGGUGGCCUUCACUAUCGUGUGGGAGUUUUGGGGCCUGGUGGUCUGCUGCGCCCUAUACGGCUACUUCAUGGGCACCGUUGGCUCUACUCACAUCCCCAUGCUGGCUGAGGAGGACGUGGUGGGCAUCCAGAAGAUGGCGUCAUCAGUGGGAGUGUACGUCUUCAUCCAGAGCUUUGCUGGGCUGGCAGGGCCACCGCUAGGAGGUGUGUUGGUGGAUGUCACACAGAACUACGGUGCUGCCUUCUACUCCUGUGCAGUGGGAAUGGUCCUCAGUGCCAUAUGCCUGGCUCUGGUCGGCCCGGCCAAGUCCGGCUUGUGCCAAAGAAGCAGCAGAAACAAAGAGGCAGCCAGCAGCACGGAGGAGGAGGAGAAAAUGUCUCAGGACAGCGACCAGUCUGACUUUUUGGAUGUAGACUUAGCCCCAGGGGACAGCCCAGUCAGACAGGCUGUGGAUCAGGACAAUGUCUCUGUAAUAUGAACCUGACUGUAGCAUGACCAACGACUCGCCACCUGGUCCAUCAACAAAUCCAGUCAAGAUGCACUGUGAGAGGCUGCAGCGUCACUAACACUGACCCGCGCUGAUGGUCUUCACAGCUGCUGCUGGUUCCAAAUCUCAGGUGUCACUCACAUUCUGACAAGCUUGAAGUUCACUGCUUCUCAGGAAGGAAGCAGCCUCUCCUCUCAGACCAAAGACACAUCCACGCUGAGCUCAUGCUCACACCUUAGCUAUUUAACAACUUCUCACAGUCCUCUGUGUUUCAUUAGUUUGUGUUUCAGUGGGAAAUCAUAGCUCUAUCUCAGGAAAGAAGUGUUGAUACUGAAGUGUUAUGAGGAUGUGCGAUAUUACUGUGCUGUGCUCUUUGAUUCCUGGUCUUGGGGAGGGUUCCAUCCUCAUUAAACACUAAACGGCUCAUUCAUUCCUGCUGAA